UUUUUUUUUUUUUUUUUUUAAAUUUUAAAAAAUUACCUGUAAUUUAAUACAGUAAAAAGCCAAGCUGUUCAGCAUUUUUGCACGCCUAGUACAGUACUGCCUACAGCCUCGCCUCCUCCUCUCCCGACUCCCGAGCCCGAAGUUCCGCCGCCGGCGACCAGGCUCCAGCCGAAGUCGACGCCGAUACUUCCAACGGAAUAGCCGUCCACACAGCACGGGUCACUGAGUUAUUUUAAUCUACUUUUGAGGCAUCUAGUCAGGGUUGUCCAGAAGUGUGUGUCAACUUUGGAGUGUAAAAGCUUGUUGAGAUUUUAUGAUUUAGGAGCAACAUAUGCAAGUUUAGAUAACAAAACAAUCAGAGCAAAUGAAGGCAGAUCACUGUGUUCUGUUGACUGCAUCAAUUAAAUGUAUACGAUUUCUUCUACAACAAGGUAUACCUUUGCGUGAAUAUGGUGAAAGCUCUGAAUCAAAUGAUGAAGGAAACUUUGUUCAGCUCUUAAAGGUACUUGCCGAUGUUAAUGAAGAUGUUUCAAAAGCAAUGAUGCGAAAUGCACAUGAAAAUCACCAGCUGACUUCUCCACUUAUUCAAAAAGAUGCUGUUAGUGCAAUUUUAAAUGAGACAACUGAUCUUAUCAUCAAAGAUCUUGGAGAUGAAUUGUUUGGAAUACUAGUUGAUGAGUCAAUAGAUGAUAUAUCAUGGGAAAAGCAUAUGAUUAUAUUUAUCCGUUACGUGGAUGCUCGCGGGCAUAUUGUUGAGCGUCUUCUUGGAGUUAUUCAUGUUCGUGAUACUACAUCUCUGUCAUUUAAGGUAGCCAUUGAAGAUCUUCUAACAAGACAUGGAUUAAGUAUCUCAAGAAUUCGAAGCCAAAGUUAUAAUGGAGCUAGUGGAUUGCGAUGUGCAUUCAACAGUCUUAAAACUUUGAUUCUAAAUGAAAAUUCAAGUGCUUUCUACAUUCAUAAUUUUGCUCAUCAAUUACAACUAGCACUAGUGGCUGCUGCAAAGGAAAAUUUGGAUGUUGGACUAUUUUUCUUAUAUGCUUCACAGUUGUGCAAUGUUGUGUGCGCUUUUUAUGAGCCUAUGGAUAAAUUACGUGGCAAACAACUAGAGAUGUUAAUUGAAUCGGUUUCUUUGGAGACAAUUGAAACAGGAACUAGUUUUUAUCAAGAAUCAACUUUAAAACGUCUUGGAGAUGCAUGUUGGGUCUCUCCUUAUGGUGCACUUGUGAGCAUUGUUAAUUAUUCUCUGUGGUGAUUGAUGUUCUUGAAGAGGUAAGCGAAGAUAGACGUGCAAGGCUUAGAGGGGAAGCAUUCAAAACAUUGGAAAAUAUUGAUUUUGAUUUUGUGUUCAUUUUGCAUUUAAUGAAGAAUGUGUUAGGGACUACCAAUGAAUUGUCACAAACAUUGCAAAAGAAAGAGCAAAACAUAUUAAGUGCCAUGAGACUUGUUGAUGUCUCAAAACAAAGAUUGCAACAAAUGCGAGAUGAUGGAUGAGAAGCUCUUUUAGAAGAAGUUUUGUUGUUUUGCAAUAGACAUGACAUUCUCGUCCCUAAUAUGGAUAAUGCUUAUGUGGCUUCAGGAAGAUCACGUCGUAAACUUGAAGAGAAGACUACCCUUCACAAAUAUUGUGUUGAAAGAUUUUAUGUGGUCUUAGAUUUACAACUCCAAGAGCUAAACAAUUGUUUCAAUGAGAAAAAUACAGAAUUGCUUCUGUGUGUAUCUUGUUCUGAUCCAAGGAAUUCAUUUGCUGGGUUCAAUAGGGAGAAAUUAGUUCGACUUGCAAAAUUUUAUCCAAAUGACUUUAAUGAGAUUGAACUUGAAAUGUUGGAUAACCAACUUCAGACUUACAUUAUUGAUGUGAGUUCUGAUCCUGAUUUCUCUAAGUUGAUUGGUAUUGACGAGCUAGCUCAGAAAAUGGUGGAGACACGAAGACAUUCAAUUUACACGUUGGUGUAUUUGCUUCUAAAGUUGGUUUUGAUCUUACCAGUUGCGAAUGCUAGUAUUGAAAGAGCAUUUUCUGCUAUGAAGAUUAUCAAGACUUCGUUACACAACUGGAUGAGUGAUGAUUUGUUAGUUGACUGCUUAGUGCCAUAUUUUGAAAAAGAUGUUUUUGACCGUGUGCUGAAUGAGAAGAUCUUACAACAAUUUCAAAAUAUCAGAGAAUGCAGAGGAGUACUGUUGGUUGUAAUGACUACUGAGCAUUGUAUUUUGAUCUAUAAUUUGUUUUGUAUUUGAACUAUUUUAAUUAAUGACCAUGUCCUUUGCUUUUUGA